ACACACCUACAAAAUCUAUUGAUUGCUCCAGGCGCUUAGAUUUUUUUAAUGAAAAUAAAAAUAUGUAGAUAAUUAUUUAUCAAGAUCAAAUGAAUUCUACUUUAGGCAAGAUUUUUGAAUAAUUAUAAUUUUGGGAAAUUGCAUUUUCUUUGACCGUAAAAUGCUCUCUACUUCGGUUAGAACUAUAUCUAUUUUUGUACUUUUUAUUUUGAGUUUUAUUAAUAAGGCUAUUAACGUCAGCCUGAAUGCAUGAUGAACAAAAAGGUUUGGACAGGAUUCUAGGAUCUCAAUCUUUCGUUGUGGUUGUGUGGCUCAUCCUGUAACUGUACUAUUAGUAUUAUCACUAUUAUCCUGAGAAAUGGCUACUCACGUUGGUCAAAGUACAGACAGACACCUAAUUGACGAACUGGAAGCAGCCUUUAAGGCAUGUUUAUCUUCAUUAAUUGCUCAAGAGAAUGUCCAUGUUAGUGAUCAGAUGGAACUCAAAACAAGUGUUGACCAGUCGAUGCAGAGAUUCCAAGAACUUGCCAAGGAAACUGAGAAUUUCUUUCUUCAACGUCAGAUGCUUAUGGCUACUACAAAACCUGAAAGCAUAAUCAAAGAGGAGAUAGAUGAGCUGAAGACUGAACUGAACAGGAAGAAUGCACUCCUUCAGAAACAACAGACCAAGGUCAAUAAUUGGCUAGGAAUUCUUCAAUCUGUAGAAUGUGGAGGACCACCACAGCAACAACCACAUGCACAACAACAGCAACUCCACCAUGGGCAGAUUCAGCAACAGCUUGCUAGAGGAACCAUGUCAAUCCCUUCCAGCAACAUUCCCCAGCCGCAGAGUGGCGGACAACAACAUCAUGGUGUGGUAGGAGCUGCUUCCAUUGCAGGUGGUGGGGGAGAUGCAACUCCCAUUUCAAUAGCAGCAACGCCACUAUCUGGACCAUUAGCUCAUUUAGAGCAAGCAACUUCAAGUAUUGGUGGCUUUGAUCGUCGAUGAUCACGGACAGUUUGUGAACAGUUAACUUUUUUUUUAAUGUGAGACAAUGCCACAAUGGACCCAGUGAAUACCAGAUUGGUAUGGUCAAUACCGAAUUUCUGUAAUAAGGGCGAUUGUUUAAAAAAAGACACCUUUUUUUCUUUGACAUUGUGACACUUGACUGUGACAAGAUCUUUUAACCUUCAGACCAAUCACAGACUGCAGCAGUAGGUAUUUAUGCCAGCCGUUAUCUAUUGCUGGAGAAGCUUGCAUUGCAGUAGGUGAAAGCUAAUUGAAACCAGGUGUUUAUGAAAGAAUAAAGUUCACGCACAUUAUUCAAUGCCAUUGAUGAAUACAUGGAAGCGCAUGUCCCAUAAGCGUGAUCUGACAAAUGCUGUGAUGCAUUAACAUACCCCAGCAACUGGCAAUUUAAAUGUGUUUUAGGUAAACUUAAUUCCUUGUGAAACAUCCACAGUUAAAUAUUUGUUCGUGGUUAAGAAAGAUUCCUGCCUUUUCUGUAUUUCUUCUCAACCCAUCAAGGAGGGCUAGGGACGAUCAAAAUCAUGAAUUCUGGUGUUCCAUUCCAACAAUUGGUGUCACUGAAAAUUGUAACCGUCAUUUGCCACAAACUUGUACAUUAUUUAUAUUGCAUUAUGCAAUUCAUGUGAAUAAACUCAAUUGUAUAUACA